AACCAUGAAGCCACAGCAACACAUUGGCAAACACUGGGGGGAUGAACAAAGACCCAGUACUGUCUAUAACCACAUCUAGAAAAAGUAGCACCCUCCCGCCCACCCUACAUAUUUAUACCCACGAGGUGCAUCAUGCUAUUUGCCCAUUUGCACUAUGGCAAUCUGCUCAGUGGUUCUUCACGUACUUAUUCUGCUCAUCGCCUUGAAUGGCACUGAUGGGCGCAAGGUGCCGAAAGUGGGUAUUGUUGGUGGCAGAGAGGCUGCUCGCAACUCUCGUCCCUACAUGGCUUCCCUUCAGUCUCGUGGUCAACACAUCUGUGGAGGAGUUCUGGUGAGAGAGGAUUUUGUCCUCACCGCUGCUCACUGUGACGGGCGAUACAAGGUGGUUCUUGGGGCUCAUGACUUGUCAGAGGAUGAAAAUUCACAACAAGUAUUGGAUGUGGUUCGAUCCAUUCCACAUCCGAGGUAUGGGGACAACCUGGAGAAUGACAUCAUGCUUCUCAAGUUGAGAGGGAGGGCCACCCUCAACACAGCAGUACAGUUGAUCCCUCUGAUGAAUGGCUCUAUGGCUGAGGGAAGCAUGUGCACCACGGCCGGCUGGGGGGAUAUAGGCGAUAAUGGCACCCUACCAGACAAGUUGCAGGAGGUCAACGCCACCAUCGUCCCUCCCAGAGAAUGUGCCCGCAGGUGGGCAGCCGUCGAAAUCUCCAGCCGCAUGGUGUGCGCAACAGGCCCCAGAGCUUUCCAAGGCUUCUGCUCGGGUGAUUCAGGAGGUCCAUUGGUGUGUAACGGGAUGUCAGCGGGCAUUGUUUCUUUCUCAGGGCAGAGGUGUGCCAACCCCAGUACCCCUGAUGUGUACACACGAGUGGCUUCCUACCGCCGAUGGAUUCAGACAGUGUUAGCUAGAAACCCUUAAAGGGAAAAAAAAUGUAUUAGUCCACUGUUGAUACAGUCACAAAAUGUUUUAUCAAGCAAUCAAGUUUUCAAGAUAUUGGACUCGCAAGAAGCAAAGUGUCACCAGCCCCAAUAUUUGGUGGAUUUUGCCUUUAAGGUUUUGUGUGUGUUUACACAAUCUCACAAUAUAAUUGAUCUCAUUUAGACCAGGUUUGCACAAGGUGUUUAAUGAUCAAUAGUUCCCUUGUUGCUGUUCUUAUUAAAAUUGGUUAACUAA